AUGAACCCUCGUCCUCAGAAAGUUCAUGAGGAGCAGAAACAUAGACAAGCUACUGGUAGCUCAAGUUCUGUCGGUGUGUCUAAUAACUCGAGAGAAGAGAAUUUGCCAUCUCGUCCACAGUCGAAACCCUCUUUUGCAUCUUGUUUUAUGAAGAAAUUGGAAGAUAAUACUAAUUGUACAACUGGUGAUUCAUUUAGCAAGGAGAAGCAACAACAACCUGGCCGCCGCGUUUGCAAGUUUGAGAGGAUGGAGACUCUGUUCGUUUGCAAAGAUGUGAAAAAUGUAACCUUUCUUUACCCUAAUCCCUUUUAUAAUUAUUGUUUUAUUAUAACUCUUUUUCAUUUAUUAAUUUAA